UUUUUUUCAGUGAAAAACGAAAGCGAAAAUGAAAUCUUUAUCCCCAAAAUUUUGAAAUUCAAAUCCGCGCUAACAGUCUCUCUCUCUCUCUCGCUCUAUCUCUAGAGUAGGUCGUCGGCGAUGUUUUCCGUCAAGGAGAAUCCGAGGGGGAAGACGGCGAAUGUGAAGAUUGAGAAUCUUUUCGUUCAGAUCUUUGAGAGGAAGAGGCGAAUCGUCGAGCAGGUUCAGCAACAAGUAGAUCUCUAUGACCAGCAUUUAGCUUCCAAAUGCCUACUCGCCGGAGUAUCUCCUCCGUCGUGGCUCUGGUCUCCGUCUCUACCUUCCCAAACUUCCGAGUUAAAUAAGGAGGAGAUUAUAUCAGAACUUCUAUUUCCUUCAUCAAGACCUUCCAUCGUUUGUCCUAGCAGUCGUCCCUUUUCAUACCAACGGCCUGUCAGGUUUCUAGCUGACAAUGUAGUAAGACAAGACCUGACCUCUGUGGUAAAUAACCCGCUAGAAGAGCAGUUGCUUGAAGAGGAACCGCAACACAACCUCUCACACAACUUAGUCAGACAAGUUUCGAAUCAUUCUCAUGAGCAGGAUGUUAAUAUUGCAUCUCCUAGAGAUGUACAUGAGAAAGAGAGAUUGCCAGAAAGUGUCUCAAUCGAUUGCAGAGAGAAUCAAAGUUGUUCAUCUCCCGAACACUCCAAGAAUCAGAGAGUUGAAACUAAUCUUGAUGCUACAUCUCCUGGAUGUAGCCAAGGGGAAAAGGUUCCCAAAUGUGUCUCAACUACUGGUUGUAAGCGGAAAUCUUCAUCUCUUGGUUAUUGUCAAGAGGAAAUUGAACCAGACACUUGCAUUGACCCUGGAUUAUCACUUGCUAAGAUGCAGAGAUCAAGGUCACGUCAAAAAGCUUUGGAGCUUCGUAGUAGUGCAAAAGCGUCAAAAAGCCGUUCAAACAGUAGAAAUGAGCUCAAACCUUCUCCGGGUGGUGAUAUAGGCUUUGGGAUUGCUUCAUUAAGGUCUGAUAGUGUUAGUGAGAUAAAGUUAUUUAAGCAUGAUGAAAAUGAUGAAGAGUGUCGAGAAGAAGUGGAGAACAGUAAUUCUCAAGGUAAAAGAGGAGAUCAAUGUAUUAAGAUUAGUGUACCUACAGAGUCUUUUACCUUGCAUCAUGAAGUGGAUUCAGUGUCAAUAUCUUCAAGUGGUGAUGCUUAUGCUUCUAUUGUACCAGAAUGUCUACUCGAGUCUGGUCAUGUGAAUGACAUUGAUAUAUUACAGUCCAUUGAGACAAUUGAUGAAGCGUCUGGCAAAGUAGAUGAGCAAGUGGAUGAUCCCAAAAGCAGAAGUUGCUAUGAAACAGCUUAUCUCGAUGGAAGUACAAGAUCUAAAAGCUCAAUUCAAGAUAACUCCAAGAGGAAACAUCAAAAAUCAAGCAACUCCUUUUCUGGUAAUUUUCUGUUAACAAAUUCAAAUCCCUCUCACUGGGCUGAUCAUGAAGUAGAAUUACCUCAAGCAAUAACUACGACUAGUGAAGUUUCUAUGGUGACAGAUGCGGGAACGAGCAUCUUUCAGUCUGAAAUCAUUGCAAGAUCUAGAAGUAAUGCUCGAGAAAAUAGAUCCAAGACCGAGCAUUCAGGCUCUGUUGAGUCUUCUUCAAUUAACUUGGAGCCAAGAGAUUCAAUUCCAGUACUGCAAGGUAGCCAUGUAAAAGAUUCACUGAAUCCCUCUAGUGUUGAUGCUGAAGGUUUAGUAGUUGAAAAUAUUACUAGCAGCGAUCAAUCAAAAGAAACGGGUGAAUGUGUUGACACUAACAGAUGUUCAAGUGCUGAAAGGGUAAGCCAAACUGGUAUCUCCCCAGAUGAGACCACAUUUGCGGGUGCAAUCCAAGACUCUAUAUCCCAGAUCGAGCUUUUGAGCUUUGUUGAGUCCUCUUCAAUUGAACUGCAGUCGAGACACUCAGUCAAGCAAUCAGACGAUGAAAGUGUAUUGUUGAAGCCCGUUACUGUUAAUGGCGAAGCUUUAUUAGUGGAGGAAGAUAACAAUGGUGAGUCAACUGAAAUUAGCGGUAUUUCAAAAUCUAGAAGUUUAAGCCAAACUGACAUCACGGUAGUUUUGCCAGUGGUGGUGGAAUCUAUUCUUAAUGAAAGUGGUACUCCGGAAAAAUUGAUUGACCAUUCUAAAAGAUGUGAUAUCAGUUGUGGGUCCAAGGAAGUACAGCCACUGGGUUCAUUGACCGAAGUGGGGAGUAACCAAAGCCAUGGAAUAAUUAGUAGGGCAAGAAGCUCACUCAUAGAAGAGGAAUCAGCAAAUGACUAUAAGGCUCUUUCUGAUGGGUCUAAUCAUAAAUCGGCUGACAAACAACUUGAAGUUAGAGAAGGAAAUUCAUUGCUGAGAACCCCUGAUCGCCCUGUUUUUGUGGACAACUUCGAUGAGGUUCCAGAGAAUAGUCGAGAAAAAUCAAGCAUGGAGAAGGUCCCCACCCCAGCACCCACCGCAAGGGUGUUUGAUGUCCCAUCUCUCACUGAUUCUGGAGUAAAUUUAUCGGCAAACAAUGAAAUGAAUGACAUUGAAGAUCACAAUGGGUUAAACAUAGAAAUGGUAGCAGAAAUGGAAUCGUAUGCAAGCCACCCUGGCUUAAAAGUGGGAGAGAAUGAACCUACAGAGUCAAAUACAUUCACUGGCCAUAUAGAUGCAUUGACAAAGAGACCUCAACAUGAAACAUCCUCUGAAAAAGCUGUUCCCCCAAUUAAAAGAGAUGUAACAUGUACAGAAGCAGAUGAAUGUCAUGAUCUAGAGAGCCCGAUUCAAGAAUUUUUCUGCUCUAGUUCCCCCAUGGGGGGUUCCAUGCGGCAGAAUAAGCGGAGAAGAAUCCUGGAAAAACCAACUAGAAGAGAGCUUUCGUCAAGUCCAGGGGGAGACAUUCUCGAGUCAGAUUAUGUUAGGGAAGCAGUACAUCAUAGGGAGGAAGCCGCAUGUCACAACGUCGAUAACUAUGACGUUGAGUUACAGAAGUUGAUUGGAUCUGCAUCUUCACAUCACUAUAGUGUUGAGUUACAAAAAAUGAUUGGAUCUGCAUCGUCAGCUGAGUUACGAUUUGAAGAGGGAGACAUUCUCGAGUCAGAUUAUGUUAGAGAAGCAGUACAUCAUAGGGAGGAAGCCGCAUGUCACAACGUCGAUAACUAUGACGUUGAGUUACAGAAGUUGAUUGGAUCUGCAUCUUCACAUCACUAUAGUGUUGAGUUACAAAAAAUGAUUGGAUCUGCAUCGUCAGCUGAGUUACGAUUUGAAGAGAGUUAUUUACUCAAGGAAGCUGGAUUGAUGAGUCCUGCCUCGCUUUCCUACAGAACAGAACAGCUAAGUGUACAGAGGAGUCAAAUUGCUCCAGAUCACAGAGUUGGAUCAGAAAAUAUUAACUUUUUUCCAUAUGCUGGUGAAACCUCACAUGGAUUAGCUAGUUGUAUUGUUCGCGACUCAGAUAGUUCUCCUUGCUUAACACCCUUGGGUUUGAUAAGCUCAGACGAUGGAAGCCCCCCUGUCUUGGAGGGUUUUAUUAUCCAGACUGAUGAUGAAAAUCAAAGCGGCUCCAAAAACCAGUUAAAUCAUGACAGCUUCCAACUUCCAAGAACUACAGCAGAAAGUGCAGCCAUGAUAGAGCAGAUUUGCAAGUCUGCUUGCAUGAACACUCCGUCAUUACAUCUGGCUAAAACAUUUAAGUUCGAUGAAAAACUAGACUUGGAUCAGUCUGUUUCAACCGAGCUGUUUGAUGGCAUGUUUUUCAGUCAGAAUCUCGAGGGUAGCUCUGUCUUUGAUAACUUGGGGAUUAACCAUGAUUAUACAGGAAGAUCGUACACUGACUCUUUGCCUGGUACUGGCUCAUCUGCUGAGGCUAGGAAUCCUUGCAUGUCACCAACUGAGAAGCUGUGGUAUAGAAGUUUGCAAAAGUCUUCCAGUUCAGAGAAACGAAGCACUCAGACACCAGACCUACCUUGCAUUAGCGAAGAGAAUGAGAACAUAGAAGAGGAAGCUGAGAACUUAUGUACGAACACUCCAAAGUCUAUGAGGUCAGAGAAGCGAGGAAGUUCAAUUCCGGAACUUCCUUGCAUAGCUGAAGAGAACGAAAACAUAGAUGAGAUAUCUGAUGCUGUCAAUGAAGCAUCUGGUUCUGAAAGGGAGAAUGUGUCUGCUGAAAGGAAACCUCUUGGUGAUGUUAAUGAAGAUCCUAUGAAGCUUCUUCCAUCUGUUUCUGAAGCCAAGAUUCCUGCCGAUAGACAGAGUCUAGACUCUGUCAGUACUGCAUUCAGCUUUUCAGCUAAGUGCAACAGUGUCAAAAGUAAAGUGGGAAAGCUGAGUAACCGAAGAUUCACGGGUAAAGGUAAAGAGAACCAAGGUGGAGCAGGUGCUAAAAGAAAUGUUAAACCGCCUAGUAGCAGGUUCAGUAAGCCUAAGUUGUCUUGCAACUCGAGUUUGACAACUGUAGGUCCACGGUUACAAGAAAAAGAACCUAGGCACAACAACAUUGUCUCAAACAUCACUUCGUUCGUUCCACUAGUGCAGCAGCAAAAACCAGCACCUGCACUAAUUACAGGGAAAAGGGAUGUCAAAGUAAAGGCCCUGGAGGCUGCUGAGGCUUCAAAACGUAUUGCUGAACAGAAAGAGAAUGAUCGUAAGCUGAAGAAGGAAGCUAUGAAGCUUGAACGGGCAAAACAGGAACAGGAAAAUCUGAAAAAGCAAGAGAUAGAGAAGAAAAAGAAAGAAGAAGAUCGAAAGAAAAAGGAGGCAGAAAUGGCUUGGAAGCAGGAGAUGGAAAAGAAAAAGAAAGAAGAAGAAAGGAAGAGAAAGGAGUUUGAAAUGGCUGAUAGGAAAAGGCAGAGGGAAGAAGAAGACAAAAGGUUGAAGGAAGCUAAAAAAAGACAACGCAUUGCAGAUUUUCAAAGACAACAAAGAGAGGCUGAUGAAAAGCUUCAAGCUGAAAAAGAAUUGAAAAGACAAGCUAUGGAUGCGAGAAUAAAAGCACAAAAGGAACUCAAAGAAGACCAAAAUAAUGCUGAGAAAACCAGGCAAGCGAAUUCUAGGAUCCCAGCGGUGAGAUCAAAGAGUAAUUCUAGUGAUGAUACCAAUGCUUCAAGAAGCUCUAGAGAAAAUGAUUUCAAGGUGAUAAGCAAUCCAGGGAACAUGUCUGAAGAAGCCAACAUGGGAAUUGAAGAAAUGGAAGAGUCGUACAACAUCUCUCCAUACAAAUGCUCAGAUGACGAAGAUGAAGAGGAAGACGACAAUGACGACAUGUCCAACAAAAAAUUCGCUCCUACUUGGGCCAGCAAGAGCAAUGUACGGCUCGCUGUCAUUUCCCAACAAAACAUUGAUCCCGAUGUUACUUUUCCUGCAAAAAGCGCCUGUGAUAUAAGUAACGUUCUUUUGCCGCGAAAGUUCCAGUCGAGAUAGCAUAAACAACGAGAAGCCAAAGGUCAGAUUCUCAGUGACAUUAAAACCACAAACAAAGUAAGUAUCUAUGUGUUUCAAGUUUCUUCUUAACUUUUGCUGAAAAUGAGGAACAUAAACCAUAGUAUCUUUAAGCUUAAGAUUCCUUUUUGCUUUCUUAUGUAUCAGUGAAUGGGUAAUGUAAUAAUUAAUUAGUCAAUCCCCAUUGACGCUCAUGUUCAUACAUAACGGCUACUUCCAUUUUGUAAAAUAUUCAUAGGUUCUGUUGAUUUUCCUAGUGGAAAGAGCCAGGUGCUGAAAGCAAGAGAUUUGUUCUUUUUCAAUAUAACCAAAUUCUCACUACUUUUCAAUGUCGACUUCGUCAAAAUAACUUUUGGAUAAGAAAGAAAAAAAAUAACUUUUUGGAUCACGAUCGCUUAACUAUAUUUAUUAUUUAAUAACUGUCGAAUUCAGAACUUAAAUAAAGUAGUCACAAAUCACA